UAUUUCAACCUCCUUCCCCGCUCAACAGUGAGAAUCCCAGAAAUUUCAGAAUGGAAAAAUCUCAAACAAUGGAAGCAAUUACACCUCCGAAUUCAAAACCCUCCAUGUACCUCGAAGAUAUGGGAGAGGUAGAAAAGACUUUCAACCGCUUCGAUGCAAACGGCGACGGCAAGAUUUCUACCGAAGAGUUCAGCGGCGUAAUGAAAGCCUUAACAGCCGACACCACAGCCGACGAGGUCGGCCACAUGAUGACAGAGAUGGAUACCGACAAGGACGGUUUCAUAAAUCUCCACGAGUUCGCCACCUUCUGUAAAGGCGAGACCGAUCCAUUUGCCGCCCCUGGAGACGGCGGCGAGAAGGAGCUGAAGGAAGCGUUCGAGCUCUAUGAUCAGAAUCACAACGGCUUGAUUUCUGCUUCUGAGUUACACGUGAUGCUCUCGCGUCUAGGUGAGCGUUGUACUGUUAAGGAUUGUUCCAGGAUGAUCAAGUCCGUUGACUCUGAUGGCGAUGGUUACGUCAACUUUGCAGAGUUCAAGAAAAUGAUGACUAAUAGUAGUAACAACACGCCUCAGUCCAAUUAACACAGAAUUCAGCAUGUUCGAAAGUAAUUAGGGCCAAGUGCUUGGGCCGUAUAAAUAAAAAUAAGAUUUUCCCAUAAUUUCUUAUUAUAUGUUGUAAUUCCAGGGGAAAACUUUUGUGGAAAUUGUAUGAAGUUUUAUUAGAUCAGAUGUGUAUAGAAUUGGUCAACCCCGAGGUCACCUUGGUAGUCUUGAAGACUCCUUAAUCCCGAGGUUGAAAGUUCACAAUAGACAAUGGCAGAUCCAAAAAUAUUGACGAGCUAUGACGAUUAUUGAUCGUUGAUCGUCGAGUUGUAAUAAUGAUAUCGUUUAUUUAUAUUUAAUUAAAUAA